CAUCUGUGUGUUUUGAAACGUCACUUUGUGAUGUCGCUUGAAGUGAAAUUGUAAUCUCUCACAAACAAAAACUUGCUUUGCUAUGUGUAGAUAGAUGAAUUCAGUGUUUAAAAUAAGCUAGUGAAUACAUAAAAUGGCAGACUUUGAUGCUAUAUACCCUGAUGAGGAGAGUGAGGAGCACAUAGAGGAGACUCAUGUAACUUUAGUGCCAGAUCCAAUAGUUGUACGAGGGGCUGGUAAUAUGACUGUGUUUGGUCUAAGCAACCGCUUCACAGGCGAGUUCCCCUCCGGCCUGCAGUCCCGUGUGGCCCCGGAGGAGUACCAGGCCACAGUGGACCGCAUCAACAGUGUGCUCAAGAAGACUCUGCCGGUCAAUGUGAAGUGGCUAUUCUGUGGCUGUGUCUGCUGCUGCUGCACCCUCGGCUGCUCGCUGUGGCCCGUCAUCUGUCUUAGUAAACGAACGCAACACUCCCUCAACAAGCUCCUGGAAUGGGAGAACAGCCGCCUGUACAACAAGCUGGGCCUGCGCUGGAGGCUCACCAAGCAGCACUGCGACUCCUCCAGCAUGAUGGAGUAUGUGCUGCUCAUAGAGUUCAUACCCAAGAUACCCAUCUACAGACCCGACUAGGCCGGGAAGGACUUGUAAAUAUAGCCAGUUGAGUUUGUGUGAAGGAAGUGUUUUCGGCGGCAGCAUUGAGGGUUGGGGUCGAUUUGAUUGUAGUUUUGGUGGUUUUGUGCUUAGUCGUCGUUAUGAUGAUUAUGGAGGUUGUCUAAUGUUUGAGAUCAGACAGGCAGUUGUAAUUUAAUUGGAUAUUUAGAGAGGGUGAAGAAUAACAACA